GCAGUUGACUAUGGACGUUACUUAGGUAGGGUCGAAGUUUUCGUAGGUGUGUAUUCAUUGUGUUGAAGUACAGGCUUGCUUGGGUAGACUCGUAACGUAUACCUAGUAAAGCAAGUGGAGAUACUUAUGCGCAAUGAUGAAUGCAAGUGAAAAACAAAAUAAAAACCUAACCGCAAAAAGCACGCUGCGUCGUUUCACGGAGCAUAUAAAAAAUGGGAACAUUGAGAAAAUCGAGAAAUUUCUUCAUAAAGGAUUGGAUCCAAAUAUUCAAUGUCCAGACACUAAAGAAACUCCCCUUACGCUAGCAACCACCCUACGACAUCCUCGUCAUGUUAUCAUGGCCCUAAUCAACGGAGGAGCACGGCUGGACUUCACAACCUUGGAUGGACUAACUGCUUUACAUCGAGCUGUAGAAGCGAAUAACAUUGAAGCUCUCAAAACUUUACUGGAUUUGGGAGCAUCUCCUAAUUACAAGGAUAACCGUAAAUUGACACCACUUUACUAUAGCGUUCUAUACGGCAGUGACCACCGACUGACAGAGUUGCUUUUGUAUGAACAUGCAGUCCUUGGUACAGCAGAUCUCCAAGGCUGGCAGGAAGUUCAUCAGGCUUGUAAGCAUGGCCGAGUCCACCACUUGGAACUCUUGUUGUUCUACGGUGCUGAUCUCAACUGUCAGAAUGCGAGUGGGAAUACAGCGCUUCACAUCUGCGCAGUGAACGACCAACAAGAGUGUGCUCGGGUGUUGCUUUCUCGAGGUGUGAACAAAGAAGCUCUAAAUUAUGCCAACCAGGAUCCUUAUCAGGUUGCUGUGAUAGCGGGAAAUUUCCAGCUUGCAGAACUGAUCAAAAAUCACAAGACAGAUGAUUUUAUUCCAUACAGGGACACACCUCGAUUCAACCCAAGACGUCGACCUAGCAGCACCAUAGCCCGCAGUACUGUUGAAAACAAAAGUGUCACUGGUGCUAAACCUCGCUCAUCGUCGUCGACAUCUACCACCGAACCUAAAACGUUAGCCAAGGAAGAUGCCGCACAAGAAGCAAAACUGGUUGGGAUCUCCGACUGUGAGCUACUAGAAGGUAGACUGGCCAAUGGUCAAGAGGGGCUCUUUCCUUCAUCCUGUGUACAGGAAAUUAAACCAAGGGUGGAAAAGUUAGUUGAUGGACGUCAUACGGAUGGUCAAGAUAUGCUGCUCAGGAGAGUUCAUUCCAUGCCUAGAAAGUGGAAGAUGGAUGGUUCGCCUCGUACAGUAGUCCUCCAUAAAGGGAAAAAAGGUUUUGGUUUUGUUCUCCGUGGAGCUAAAGCAACCAGUCCUCUUAUGGAGAGACAGAGAGCUUACGCUUGGCCAAGUUUGCAGUACCUUGAUGAUGUAGAUCGAGGUGGCGUUGCUGAUCAAGCGGGAAUGAAAAAAGGAGACUUUGUGCUGGAGGUUAACGGACAUAAUAUCACUCAAGCUACGCACGACCAAGUUGUAUCCAUCAUCCGACAGUCAGGAGACCUUGUUACCAUGACAGUGGUAACGGUCAGUAAUCCUCCACAGACAAAAAGACCCAUUAAUCAGAGACAAUGCUCUACAGUGCCAAGAAGAAUGUCUUUGAAGAAAGCACCAACGCCACCUAAGCGUGAUCCAGGAACCACAUUAUCCUUUGGAAGAGCUAGAGCGAGGUCUAUGGUAACAGGCCUAGCAGAUAUUGAUUCUCUGGAAGAUCGACUUCAAGACUAUUAUUUUGAGUGUAGAUCAGCAAGAAGCAGUUUUAUUGUAUCCGUUGAGGACGGUAGGCAUCACUCAAAAACCGAACAACAGAACCUUGAACCCAUACUACAGAAAUCCAUAUAUGUCACCAAAUAUUCUAGUGAAGAGCCCUCACGAAUGGUCGAUGACUUUGAGAUUUUGCUAAACAGAAAUCGUCAUUUUCUACUCCACAAAAAGUUUAAUAGUUGUCCAGAAUUGGCAAAAGCAUCUGUAUGUGCAGUAAAUAAUGUUCAAAAGUAUAUUUGCAAACGUACUAAAAGUUUCGACACAUUUUUUUCUUCCAGUGAUAAAAAUCAUGUGCAUUCCUGGGCAUGUCCUCCGCAUAACUACAGAAAAGAUUACAGAAGAUCCGUAGAAAUUGAAAAGGUUGCCAGUGGAAACAAAUGGUGCUCACAGUCUUUAAACAUUAAUAGUGAAGAGCGAAAUCUCGCCGAAAAAAAUAUUGAUGAAUGUAAGUUUCCGCUACAAACUGUUAGAUCGAGAAAUGAAGAAACAUAUUUAGCUGAAGAGAUACACUCGUCACCGUGGGCUGGCAUUAACAAUGUAUACAGUAAUUUUAGCGAACGAAAUAACUGGCCACAGUCAACAGUAGCUAGAACUGAAGAAGCACGCCAAGGAGUCUAUGCUGAAACACUGCUAUUACCAAAACCUAGAAAACAGUAUCCGCCACCCAGUGGACCUCCUCCACCUCCUCCUCAUGGGCAAGUUGUCCGCGUAGACAUAUCCAGAGUACAAGGUGAAUAUGCAAAUGUAGAUGCUGUAACAAACUAUGAUGAUACAGUGAUGUCUAGUUUUCGGCCAGGAGAUAGCGCCAAGCUUUAUGCUUCCCCUGAAUCACUGAUCACUGUUGGCUAUAAACCUCUUCAAAAAAGUAGGAUAACACAACGCACGCUCUCUAGGGCUGUUGCACGCCCUCAAUCAGUGCAACCUAGAGUCGUGAGUCACCAGACAUCGUCGGAAUCGGAAAGUAGCGGUGAUGCUAGUGGUUUCUACGGUAAGCAAAGUUCAGUAGAAAGUGGAGCAGCUAGGUAUUUCAAAGUCAGGAGUGUGUUAAACAAUCGAAGUAGUUUGGGUAGCCCUAAUCACUACCCAUUGCUAGCCCCCAAACCUCAAGAUCAAUUCUCUUCAAGUCUGGAAAUUGAUAGUAGCGAGGAGGAAGAUCUUUCCUCAUUCUUAAAUAAAACUGGAAAACUUUCCACUUUCGGGAAAGCUGAUGAAAGUACACUGAAUUAUGGUUCCUGUCAAGUUCAUUCAUCACAGGUUGACUUUAAUCGAUCCACAUUUCCUUGCGGAAGGUAUUCAUUUGACCUUCAAAAAUACAUGUCGAAAAACAAUGAUUCCCAGAGUUCAAAUAAUGCAACAAUGUUAUACAAUCACGGGAGUUUUCACUCUUCCUCUGGGGAUUAUACUAUUUUGAACCAAAAAUAUCAGUUAGUUUUACCGAAAAGGAACGCUCAGCCAACUUAUCAGUCAUGUUCAUAUCCUUACACAGACCUCCAAAAAUAUAAUAAUGAUAAAAAAGAACAUUUUGACAGAAGAUCUGGAAAGUCUGCGUUUGAACCUGUAAGAGGUAAAAAAGCUGAAAAAAGUGUCCAUGAACCUGUAUACAGGUCUUCAACUCUUCCCAAUCGCAGAAAUGUUGGGACUGAUCAGCGAGAUAUUAUUUCUAAAAUAAGAACGAUCAGACCUUCCCACUCUUUUCCAAAUAAUCUAGCAAAAGAAGAUCAGGAUGAGUAUGAAUUUCCUCCUAACGAUCAGACAUACGUUUCCAGUAUGAACGGUUAUAUUAAUUACAUAACCAAAAGAGAAGUCCAAACCUCCUCGCAGAUUGGAGAGCCAAUCAGAGAGGGUCAAUAUGAAGGAUUUCUAGGAAGGGGUGGAAACAAAUCCCAACAAAAAAGAUUAGGUACAGCUGAUAUUUCAUAUAAACCUCAAAGUGUAGCCAGAAACACGAACUCUAGUUCUAGUGGUCUCCUACAGUUCUUGCCUCCACCACCUGAAUUUGCUGUUCUUACACCAUCGGAUGAUCAUCUUUCAACGACUAUAUCACCACCUCCCGAAUUUAGUGAUGGUAUGUCUGUAUUGGGAGUGAAAGGAAAAAAACAAUUUUUAUCACAAUCUGGUUGGUCUACAAGUCACUCUAAUUCAACAAUCACUUUUCUAGAACAGCAUGCUUCCAAUCACAUAGAGAAGACAAUAUAUCCAUUUGGAAUUGACGGGCCAUUAGCAGGAAAGUCUGUGCCUUUACAUAAACAACAGCCACUUCCAACUUCAUCUCGUGUGGCUCCUGGUAAGAUUCUUUCUACUGUACUAUCAAGCGAGCAACCAACUUUGACGGAAGGGAAAGAGUGUCGUCGAAAACCACUCCAGCAUUGGUCCAUUACCGAUGUAUCAGACUGGCUGGAUAGCCUACUUUUGUCUGAAUAUAAAUCAGCAUUUUUGGAAGCGGGAAUAAACGGUGCAAAAUUAGCGAACAUGGACAAUAACGAUCUGGUAGGAUUAGGUGUUAAACUUGUUAGUCAUCGUCUAAAUAUCUUAAGGUCCAUGAAACGUUAUCUAAAAAUGGAUUAACAAAGUAUUUGUGAACAUCUAAGACGACUAGUAAAUGAUUUUAUGCUAUAAGCCAGUACAAAAAUAAAUAACAUUGUUUUAAACAUAAUGAUAAUUUUAAGUUAUUGAAUUAUUCAUUCAGAAAUAUUUUAAAAGAGUGAGUGAAACGUGUAUCCAAAAACCGAGGGAUAGACGAACACAAAAAAAUAAUACAAAUACCGUGGUACUGUGCUGUCAGUGAUAAUAUACUUGAUAUAAAACAUAUAACCGUCACAUCAGUGUUGAUAUGUGAAAAACUAAACCCUCGAUGAACUAUUGAUAUAGAUUAACAUCUAGCCUGGGUGAUAACUCAUGCGUCUGUAAUGUAUCCAUUCUAGUGAUAUAGAUUAACAUCUGGCCUGGGUGAUAACUCAUGCGUCUGUAAUGUCUCCAUUCUAGUGAUAUAGAUUAACAUCUGGCCUGGGUGAUAACUCAUGCGUCUGUAAUGUCUCCAUUCUAGUGAUAUAGAUUAACAUCUGGCCUGGGUGAUAACUCAUGCGUCUGUAAUGUCUCCAUUCUAGUGAUAUAGAUUAACAUCUGGCCUGGGUGAUAACUCAUGCGUCUGUAAUGUCUCCAUUCUAGUGAUAUAGAUUAACAUCUGGCCUGGGUGGUAACUCGUGCGUCUGUAAUGUUUCCAUUCUAGUGAUAUAGAUUAACAUCUAGCCUGGGUGAUAACUCAUUUUGCUGUAAACGUGUGUAUAUAUAUAUCAUUACUAUAGAUAAAAUAUAUCCUGAAGGUCUAGUGACAUAGUCGCGAUAGCCUGUUCUUGUGUGAUAUAAUAUUUAAUAUGG